AUGGAUACCGCCAUGGCAUCCUCCCUCUCUCUGGGACUCUCAUCCCUCUCUCUCGCGCCCACCGCUGCGAUCGACGGCCCGUCCACCGCGCGUCCUCUCAGCUUCUCCGCGAGCUCCCUCCGCGGAUCCGCGCUCUCCCUGUCCGCCUCCGCGCCCCGCCAGCGCGCGGAAGCCGCAUUCGUCUGUAAGGCGGCGUACGCGGACGUGGAGGGCGAUCAGGAGGAGAGCGAGGAGGACAUUCGCGCGGGCUACGAGGCGCUUUACGGAAAGCCGUUCGGCGUGGUCGGCGUGGGCGUCGGAAAGGCGAAGGAAGUUUCCACCGCAGUGCAGAAGGCGGUCAAGGACGCGCGUCGCCACAUGGUGCGCGUGCCCAUGACCAAGUACCGCACGUUCCCUCACCGCUCCGAUGGGACUUUCGGCGCGGCGUCUGUGAUGCUGCGGCCCGCGGCGACCGGUACGGGAGUUAUUGCGGGAGGUGCGGUGCGCGUGGUGCUGGAACUCGCGGGGCUGGAAAACGCGCUGGGGAAGUCGCUGGGGAGCCCGAACCCGCUGAACAACGCGCGCGCCGUGCUAGACGCGGUGAGCAAGAUGAAGCAGUUCAAGGAGGUGUCGGAGGAGCGCAACAUCCCCAUGGAGGUGCUCUGGCAAUGA